AUGGAAGAUUCGGUUAGUUUGAAUAGUUACUUUAUAGUAUUGUUGCAGACCUUUAUGGUUACCAGCAAUACUGCUGACAUCAUGAGGUGGUGGAUAAAGCUAAACGUGAAGCCUCAGCAAGAAUAUCCAACAUUUGUUAAUCUGAAGGCAACAGAAAUGGUGAAGCAGAUAGCCCAAGUACGCCGAGAAUUCGCGUUACACACAAAAAAUGCCAAUAGUCGUGCAAAGAACCCUAACACUGGCCCUUUCUUGGUUAAGCAAAUAGGUAAAGCACGUAGAGUUCACACUUUGCGCGAAGAAGGAAAUAACGUACAAGGCGGACGUGAGAAACGCGAUGCCGAAACUAUGCCGCAAAAACGCAGUGUAGCAACAGAACGAUCGCAUAAACGACACAACAAAUGUCCAUAUUUGGGAACUAUAAAUAGACAUCUGCUAGACUUUGAUUUCGAGAAAGUCUGCUCAAUAACCUUAUCAAACAAACAUGUAUAUGCCUGCUUAGUUUGCGGGCGGUAUUUCGAGGGCCGUGGUAAAAACACAUAUGCCUACACACAUGCACUUGAGGAGAGGCAUUACGUGUUCAUCAAUUUGCAUGAUUGCAAAGUAUAUUGUCUGCCUGAAAACUACAGAGUCGAAGAUGCGUCACUCAACGACAUUGUGCUAUUCCUGAAGCCUAGUUAUACACCCCAAUAUGUGGCCAAUAUUGACACGAAAAUCGUAUAUGGGAAAGCCCUUGACGGCACAGAUUUCAUACCGGGGUGCAUAGGGCUUAAUAACCUCAAGAAUACUGAUUAUUUCAACGUCAUAAUCCAGGUUAUAUGCUCCAUUGCAACUAUCCGAAAUUAUUUACUUCUUCUCGACACAGAAAGAAUACAACCACCAGACAGUGUUAUCACAACUCUCGUCGAAUUGAUUAGGAAAAUAUAUAAUACUAAAAACUUCAAAGGGAUUGUGUCUCCCCAUGAAUUUCUUCAGGCGGUCGGUGUGGCGUCGAAAGGGGUCUACAAAAUAGGAGUACAAAACGAUCCAGUGACCCUACUGUCCUGGAUAAUCAACAGAGUCCAUUGUAGACUCAAAAAUAAGCGAACAGAAGAGUCGGUUAUAUCUAAGGCUCUCGGUGGGCAAUUGAAGGUAUCGACGCUGGACGGACAAACUUGGAAAGAAAGUUUUUUGCCCUUUAAAAUACUUACACUCGAUGUUCCUAGCGCUCCCAUAUUUAAAGAUGCACAAGAAAAAAAUGUAAUACCUCAAGUUUCCAUUUUUCAACUGCUACAAAAAUAUAAUGGGCAGAGUGAACAUACGUCGGAAAAGGGAAACAUCUGCCGUUACAGAUUAUGGAAACUACCAGAGUAUCUACUUAUCAAUAUAAAAAGGUUCACACGUAAUAACUUUUUUUUGGAAAAGAAUCCAACGAUCGUCUCCUUUCCAAUGAAGAACCUUGAGAUGGGCACCUAUGUUGACGAGAAUUCUCCUGACAUUAACAAUCUAGAUACAAGAUACGACCUUCUAUGUAGUGUUUGCCACCAGGGUAGCCCGGCUUCUGGGAGUUACAAGAUACAUGUUCUACACGCACCGUCAGGAGAUUGGUACGAAAUGGAAGAUUUGCGAGUUACGUCUGUACUACCGCAAUUUGUAGCACAAACCGAGAAUCAUUAUACACAUGAAUUCAAUUUUAAAAUGGCCUUCACUAAAGAUGACGAAGACCAGAUUAUGUUCGAUCUCUAUGAUGGGCUCGACACAUUCGCCCAGCAAACAAAUGAUCGCGCAACAGAGCAAGAUGAGCCAUUAUCUGCCGCAAUAUUGAAUGACUCUAAUUCAAUACCUUUGAAACGUGAGGGCAGAUGUCUAAACCAGUACAAGGAGGUUGCGACGGAACGAGCCGGUGACCAUGCCGACGUAGACAUUGGCGACCCGUACGACGAUGAUGGUCUUGUUUUCCUAGUGGAGGACGAUGAAAAUGAAGAUGUCGCUGCUACAGAGAGGUUUCCAAAGGCUGCACGUUCAUUAGGAAGACGGAAAACUGGAGGAUGGGUAACCAAGUUCCAGAAAAAAGAACGUGUUAUAUACAUUGGGGCGCCAAACUCCGACGCGCAAGCUAUGGCAUCAACUCAUCCUAAUAAAGGUUGCUUUUGUAUUGUUAGCGGAAUCCCGUGGUGGAUGGAUGUGCAUGAGUUGAACCGUAUCAUGGAAGACAUGGGAGGGACAGUCGCAUUUUCGAAGAUCUUAAGUGACCCAGCUAAUGGCGCGUCACUUGGUACAGCCGUAGUUGAAUUCGUGGAUUGUAAUGGUUGUUCCACAUUUAGGACAGCUAAGACACAAUUCACCGCAAUUCAAAUGGCAGAUGAUAUAUUCAAUGUUAUACAAGCUUCUCCUUUAUAUAGGGAAGGGAUAUUCAAGCGUGGCAUGCUUGAAAGAAUCGCAGCACAUCUAGGACUAUCCCUUAGGAAAAGUGCGGCAGAGGGCGUCACGUCAGAUUUAUACCACGAAAUAGAAUUCGAGGUACAACAACAAGAAAUGAUACGUAAUGGCGCCUUCCAAGUUUCAUGCAGGGCAUUCCCAUGGUUCAACUUAAAUCUGCUCAAAUUCAUAGGGCGGGCUCAGAGAAUGGAACGACGAAACCCAGAGAGUAAGCACAAUAUCGCAAACCAUUUGGACGCAUACAAACAUAAACAAGAAACCACUGGAGAUCGUUACAUCAUGACUAUGCCGCCUCCUGCGCAACUCCCUACCAAGAACACCGGAGAAUUAGUAACCCUGCAUUCCCCUCGCGUGAUAAAAGUGUCGAAUCAACAAUGUGCACAAAAGGAAAAUAAGCGUUCUAGUAAUAGAGAAUCUGAGGAUAGAAAACACAGACACACGGACAAAACACGUUCGAGCUCUACGUCGCGAAAGGACAGGGUUGGAGAAACUAGUAAACGAGGGUGGUCACCAAACUAUCGAGAAAAAAGGCGACAUGCCUCAUCUAGAACGACUGAUCGUAACUCGACGCACCACAGGGAUGAGAAACGUAGACGAUGA